GAUCGGUCGCCUCAUAUUUCGCCUCCUCACUGGAGAUAAUUUACGUAGCGUCUCCUAGAUAUUAACAGUUCUUGCCUCUUCAACAGAAUUUUGCAAUAUUCGAUGAAAACCAUGAUUUAUCUCUCGUUUGUCUUUUGGGUUUGCAUGAUUUCGAGUUAUGCUCAACAGUCUUAUGACUCGUCAGAUUGUUCUUCAGAUACGCCUCAUCCAGGUUCGAGAUACGCCUGCAAUUCCUUCCAGAAUUCAUGCAAAACAUUCUUAGUCUACAGAGCCAACCAACAUUUUCAGACCGUUGGACGCAUCUCAGACUUGUUCCACUUGAACUCUGCCGAUGUACUUCACCUGAACAAUCUUACAUCUCCUUCUGAGAUACUCAAGCCAGGUAGAGAAGUUCUUGUUCCCGUCAACUGUUCUUGCUCAGGCCAGUGUUUUCAGGCAAAUUUCACCUACACGGUUCUGGAAAACACGUCAUUUUCCGAGGUUGCUUGUGAAGAUUUUGAAGGGCUACUAAAAUCGCUUACUCUUAAAGAAGUGAACCCAUCUCAAGAAAACGAGCUCAUCAAGGUUGGUUCUCUGCUUCAUGUGCCUUUGAGAUGUGCUUGCCUAGAUAAUUUCACUCGUAGUAAUGGUGUGAAUUACCUUGUAACAUAUCCUAUCAUAGAAGGAGAUCAACCAGGUACAUUGGUUGAGAAAUUUGGCAUCUCUCUCGAAGACUUUUGGGCAGUCAAUCCUUUCCAAUCUAUGCAAACCAUUUUUCCAAAAACAACUGUUUUAGUUCCCCGGAAAGCGGCUCCAGUCAUAGAUUUCAGUACCCCAUAUUCUCCACCUCCAACUCAUGUCUUUGUUCCCACAAUUCCCAAGAAGAGAACACCAAAAAGAUUGCAUAUUGCAGGAUCUGUUGCUGGGUUUUCUCUGUUACUUGCAGCAUUAGUUGCAUGUGGAUUGUAUAUAAUGGCCCUAAAGAAAUGGAAGCGUGAGAAGUUCCAGUCCUUUAUUUCUAGAAGCUCUCCUAGAUCUGGUCAAACAGGGAGAAGCUCGACGAAUUCCUGUUUAUCUCCAGAUCUUCUUGUCGGAAUAAAGUACUCGUUGUUCAUUUGCAGCGUGGAGGAUCUCAGGAGAGCAACUAGAGAAUUCAGUGAAGAAAGAAAGAUAGCCGGUGAAGUCUAUAAGGGGUUGAUCAACAAUGUGGAAGUGAUGAUCAAGAAGACGAGGUUUGAAGACACUCGGCAGGUUAUUGAUUUACAUUCAAAAAUCAAUCACAUAAAUAUCGUGAAUUUACAAGGUGUUUGUUAUGGAGAAAAUCAUGACUUUCCCGAUUGUUAUCUAGUGUUUGAGUUUCCUAGCAAUGGCACUUUGAGGCACUGUUUAUCUAAUCCAUCUACUACUCUCGGGUGGCAUAGGCGGACACAAAUCGCUUUUGAUAUUGCAGCAGGGCUUCACUAUCUACAUUACUGCACUUUUCUCACCAAUCCAUGCAUGAGCUUAAGCAGUAGAAAUGUUUUUGUGACUGCAAACUGGAGAGCAAAAAUUGCAAAUAUUGGAGCCUCCUCCCCUACUGUUGAGCCUUUGAAAGGAAACGAUGAUAAUGAGAAAAACAGAGGAUGGGUUGCGCCGGAGCACUUUGUGCAUGGCUCGGGUUCUGAAAAGGAAGACAUUUUUGCAUUUGGAGUCGUUUUGCUUGAGCUCAUCUCGGCAAGGGAGGACAUUGAGGGAAAAUCAUUCAGAGAAUCCAUCAAAUUUCUGGGAGAAGAUAGUGAAGGUGGUUGUUUUGAACAGUUGAGGAGUUUGGUGGACCCGUCUUUGAAAGACGAUUAUUCUCUUGCGGAGGUUUUAUGUUUAGCAGUUUUAGCCAAGGCUUGUGUGGAAGAUGACCCUCUGCAUAGGCCAUCUAUGGAUGAUAUCAUGAAAGUCCUCGCCAGAAUGGCAUGACUACCAACAUGUGGAUUAGUAUGUUUUAUUUGGACGACCAUCUCCUUCCAUUUUUAAAGAAAUUGUAGAUUCUCAAAUGUCCUGGGUCCAACAAAAGGGGAAGUUUUGAGAUGAUUUUGAAAAGGAUUUGUUGGGAAGAAGACGUUGCAGAAGAAAUUAACUGAGGAAGGGAAGAUGUUGGGAGAAGCAAUGUGUGCGUGGGUUUCCAAGGGUCACAUAUGUGUGAGGCUCGAGGAAAGGGAAGCAAGGCGUGCGUGAGGUUUCCAAGGAGACAGAUAGGUGAGGCUCAGGGAGUCAGUAUUGCUGGUUCAAUGUAUUUGUGCGAUUGGAUAAAAGGGAUGGGUUGAGUAGUUGGUUUAUGGGCUAACAAUGAAUACUCGGCACAUGGGCUAACUGGCUAUGCAGGAUUCAUGAGCUGGACAACCAAGUGGGUUGGACAGCUGUAUUUUCAGUUGGGCUAGCUGUAUUUUCAGUUGGACUUUAGCUUUGUAUAAAAUGUAAACUUUGUAUUUUAGGCUUUUCAUUUAGAACCUUGGUAUCAUUUUAGUGUAAUCAGUAGUUUUAGAUCUUGUAGUUAGAGGUUGGCCCAAUCCUCGAAAUUGGCCAUUUAUUGUGGUUCUUUAUCGA